AUGAACUCAAUUGAAAACGCUGUCACUAGCGCAUUUGGUCAGUUGCAGAGUCAAACCAAUGACAUUGUUGUCAUGAUGACCAAACACGACAAUGUCAUUCGAUCAUUACUGGGACAGAUCUUGGUCAAACUGGACUCUGGUUGCUCACCAACACCUGUAGUUGUUAUACCAGUUGUGGUACUCAAAACCAUUUCCACGACUGUGGACAUCACCGCAACUGUGACUGUGUUUUGUCCACAAACACGUUGCACACACACGCAGACUGUCGAUACGGAAUGCCAAGCAACAAUCGACUUAUUCCGUAAUCGUGCAAUUGUUGACAUAAAUGCCAUUGCGGUCAAUGCUGUAUCGACUGGUGUCGAACCUUGA